ACAGGCAUUGUGUAUUUGAAUUUCACACUGGCGGAUUGAAGUGGGGGGAGAGCAAGAGGAGGCAGAAACUCUAUUUCUCACACAAGAAAGAGGAUACCCACAGCAUUGCAGCAGAGGGCAAGAAGCAUUUCAUUUCAAAUACCAAUAUUAAUGGAGUGAACCAAAGAACAGUUAUUAUGGUCAAAAUCCCCCUGGUGAAUUUGCAGAUGAUGGAAGACUGCUUAUGACUACAGUUAUUUUUUUAAAUGUUAUUUAAUUUAUUUAUAGCAAGGGCACAAUGCUUGAUCAAGGCUAUAUGUUGAUGAUUGUUCUAUGGUGUUCACUACCAGGGACCUCUCUUCCUGAAACUGAGGGGAAAAAUGUGGUGGCACAUACCUCACCACAAUCCCCAAAGACAGACCUAAUUCCUCAUCACCAGUCUUACACUGCGAAGCUUGGCACCUUCUCUAGACCAUCUUGGGUGCCUACGGACCUUACAGUAGCAUCUAAAACACCUUCUUUCCUUUUAUUACCCUUCAGUCUGUCAGCUGAUCUUCAGCAUACAAAUUUUGAAUCUACCCGACCAAGUACAGAGGGCAUGAGUACAAGCUUUGGGCCUUCACCAAUCCUACCAUUAUUCCAAAGAAAACAAGACAAAAACGUUCAACCCGAAAGACCCAUGGAAACAGGGACUACACCGAGAAAUAAUGCAAAUGAUUUUACAAGACCUAGCACUGUGUCACUGCCCUCCGAAACUGUGAUACUGUCGAUGUUUACAUCUGUCAAGACUGGAACAGGCAGCCGCCUUCCAACUUACCAAAAGGAACUUCCUCUUGACCAAACUACUUUACCGAUUAACACUUUCACAAGCAACCAAGAAAAACCAUAUACAACUAAGGAAGAAACAGUGGAUAAAAGGCCUUUUAUGACAACUAAAAACAGUAAUACUCCUCUACCUGCCUCUGAUAUCUUGAUCUUGGAGACAACUAAGCUUCUUACUCCAUCACAAUCCCCCAAAUCAUUCAACCUUGAAUCUCCAACACCAGGAACAGUCACAGUUGCCAAUGUGAGGUUGGAAUCAACUGGAUUACCCAUUAACCAGGAACCAACUACUGUGAAGAAACCAAAUUCUGAAUUGAGGUUAAUAGAGGGUGAAAUGGUUACUGAUAAUGAGGACACGGGAUUGCUCCCCACAGUUGCCGAUGAAGUUGUAUUUAAUGAAAGUAAAAUUCUACAUGAAGAUGUUUCCCAAAAAAUAACAUUUUCUAAGACUCCAGGAACUGAAACAUUAGACAGUACAGAUUCUCAUCAGGAUUGGUCUUCAGCGACGGUGAAUGUUGAUCCAUCAGCUUUGUCUGACUGCAACCAAGACAGAACUGGGGAAUGCGGUUCCUCAGAUACCUGGAGUUCUGCUGUUCCUGAUGAGGAGGAUCCAGAAAAUGAAUCCUACAACCUGUUUCUACUUCCCCCAAUGUUUGUUCCUCUCCACGCAGACUGGAACAGUGCAAUGGCAACAUGGGGUGUUGCCUGGGAAGCCCACAUCUAUGGAGUAGGGUCAUUGUUUUCUCUAGUGGUCUUCCUUUCAGCUCUAAGCUUGCUGUGUCUACCUUUUAGAUGCCAAUCAGGCUACAGUUACUUUGUGACCAUUGAUGUGUUUCUUUUGAUAACUGGUUCCAGCAGAACAUUUUCCAUGUUUUACGAUGCCUAUAACCACCAGGACAAGUUAGCUGCACCUGCAACAGUACUCCUGUAUGAAGUGCCAUUUCCUUGCCUCACCUCUGCUUUUGGAAUUGUUUUCCUGCUCCUUUCAAUGAGGUCCAGGAUGCAGUUGUCCUACUCUGUAUUUCAACAUCCAUGCUUCUUAGCCAUAGUAGUGUUCCUGCACUUUUCUUCCUCUUUAGGCUCAAUUCUGGUAGUGCAACUCUUUACUCAGCUUCCUUGGCUGUUUUUUGUGUCACAAGGAGUAUUUGUGGCCUUGACGGCCUUUAUGUCAAUUUUAUACUUCAUUUUCUACUGUUACGUGAGAGCAGAUGCCAAGCACAUUUACCAUUUAAACAAUACUUCUCCACCAAUAGAAAGGCACAAUAGGUGCCCUUUUGCAGACUUAAAGGAUUGGGAUAAAGCAGCAAUGACGGCAGCAUUCUCUGCAUUGUUUGCACUAUUAUGUGCAGCUCUUCAGUUGUAUGCCAUGCUGCAUGCCUUGGGAUUUGGUGGAAUGGAGGUAUUCCACCCUUGGCCCUGGUGGGCCUUCCAUUUGAGCUGCAGGAUAUGCGAGGUUGGCAUGUGCCUUACUUUGGCCCUCAUUGUAAUGUAUCCUCUCUUUUGUUCUAAUGAUGCACCCCAGUGUACCUGUUUGUCCAAGAUAUUCUGCAUGUCUCACAGCCAUGUGACAAUGAAAACACCCAUCCUCCCAAACAACUACCAGUGGUCUUCCUCCCAGCAGGAAAAGCUGGUGAUCUGCGACACCAUCACCCGGGGUGAAAACGAAUGCCUUCCUCUCUAUACGUUAGUGGAGAACCACCUCGGCAGCAUAGAAGGCCUUGAUCUUCUAUACCAUAGUAACAGGGGUUUAUUAGCAAAAGACAAGGAGUUAAAUACAAAGCCCAUACAUAGCUCAAGAACCUCCUCUUUCAGCAUCCAGAUGGACAGUGACUCCACAGUAGACCUCAGGCCCCCUUCCCCUAUAAAUCUAGGACGCAGCAUCGAUGAAGCUCUUUUCAGUGAAGCCCUUUUUCCCCAAAGCCUCUUCCAGAACUCUAAGCUCUACAGCUCCAGCAACUUGUCUCUCAGUGUUAAAAACAUAGCGGACAAUGGAGCUUCCAAAGAGAGUGCUGCUGCCCGAGGCCUCUACAGGACUUCCUCUUGCAUAGAGAUGGACUUGGUGCCGCCAUUGAAAGGUUACAUAUCCAGUUCCAAUACAUUAAACGCAACAUCAUCCACUGAGCAGUGGCGAGGCAGCAGCACAAGCGGUCUUUACAAACUGUCCCACGACGGAUCAUCACUGGUGCUCUGCUCAAGUCCAGAGAGGCUUGGCUACUCGUCCCUAGGCAGUAACCAAAUCCCAUCAAGAAACCUGUCCCACUCAAGCUUAGACCAGGAACCUCAAAUUCAAAGACAUUACCAGGCCUUGGGUUCUGCUUUCCAGGACAGGCCCGGAGAAUCAGGCUUAGAUCUUCAAUCUGAAUUUACGAAUGUUUGCAGACAAAUUGACAAGUCGAGUGUUAGCAGCGACACAAUAGACUUGUAGGACAGUGAUCUCAAUCCCCCUGUCCCAGCACUGUAAAUCUAAAAGAGGUUUGCAUUUAAGAAAAUAAAGUUUUAACACCACAAAGAAUAAUGUGCAAUCCUAAAAUAUGAUUCUAUCAAUUUGUUUUUGUUUUAAACUAACAAAUUAUUUUUCAUAAAAUGAGGCAUCUGAGUAAAAUGCUUUUUAUUUUUGAAUCCAUGCAUCUAAAAAGAAGAGCCCUUAAGAAGAUCAUCCAACACCAGUACUGCUAGAGAUACAUGUGAGGAUUUACUUGCAGGAGCCUUUCAGAUUAGCUACUUCAGUUAAGUCUUGGUUCCAGAUGUGAAUGGCUUUUUACUUGCCUGGGUUCUCUAGUUGUAAUAUACUGUACAAUAAUACUUUCCAUGCACAAUGUCUGUGAAAGUUGCCAAGUGCCACAGACUGGACAGGCCUAGAGAUUUUUGUCAACCGAUUGAGGAGAGGCAAGGAGGUUAAAUGUGAAAAAUAUUUUAAUCUGUAGUCUUCAGAACAAUGUAUAUACUACCGUUAGUUCCACUGAGCAUUUGUUUACAAUAGCAUUAUUUGCUUAAAUACAACAGACUGUUGCCACGCAAUCUUCAUGGUGUUAUAAUGAAAUUAAAAUAAUUCAGUUGCAGAUAAGAUGCAUAUGAACAUCUAAUGGUACUCUAAAUUUGGUUUAUAUUAGGGCUGUCAAUCACAGUUAACGCGUACAUUUUGUAAUUUAUGGCCUGAGGCACGAUUUUAGUGCAUGCCACGACUGGACGAGUGUAGUCAUCAUUUGAAUGUAAAAAUAGUUACAGAACCGCAUUAUGUAGCAAAGCACUCAAACUGAAGGACUUGUGAAUGGGAUAUUAAAAAAAAAAAAAAAAAAAAGUUUUUUUUGUUAAAUCACUUUUUUACAUUUAUAUAUGAUUUAGUUGGGAGUCUUCACAGGAGAUCAACAAUGAAACUUAAUUGCCAUGAAUUAUUGUCAGCGUUUGUACAAGUGCAAUUAUUGUGCUAUUUAGGAGUGUCAAGUUUUUCAUAGUUUCUACAAAUUUAAUAUUUUAGCACGGUGUAUCAUGUUAUUUGCUUCCUUUUCAUAAAACUAAACUGUAAAAAGCAAAUGAUUUUUUUUUUUUUUUUUUUUUUUUUAAACAUUUAUAAAUGUUUACUGUUGAUUUACAUGCAUGUUAAAAAGAUGUCUGCAUAAAUAUGACACAAUGCUUAUUGUAAGAAUGCAUAAGAAAAGCUGGCUUACUUGUUAUUAGUUACACUGUUAAAUGUUUAAACUACUUUCCAAACAGACUAAAUUGUUAAUUAUUAAAUAAUCUUGACUGAAUCCUCUUGGUUACAUUUGUGUGCCACUUAAUUAACAAAAUGCUAUCGCUUUUAUACCUUCCGACAAUCUUGAAGCUUAGAGGACCAGUCUUAUACUUUGCAAAGGCUAUUAAACAUAUUAUAUGGAAUCAGAAAAAAAGGGUAAUUUAAUAUGGGUUCUGAAGGGAUAAGACUCCUCUAUUACAGAAGUUUUCCAUUUGAAAACAUGACUUUAAAGUUAGUGCUACAUAGCUAAUAAUAAAAUCACAGUUUUACAAAAUGAGUAAUAUGAUUUGUCCCUUUACAACUGAAAGAAACAGAGACAACCAAUAUUAAAGUUAAAUAUUGCCUGUUAGUUUAAGUUAUACAAUUUAAACUCCAAUAUUAUGGCUCCAAAGCUAGGAC